UUCCAACUUUUGUCCUAACGCAGAAUAAUUCUCUGUCCGUCGAAUCAUUUUUUUUGUUUCAGCGUUGUAAGAGAUGACCAUGGCAGCAAACUUCGCGAGACGGCUGAUCGGAAACCGAUCGAGCCAGAUCCUUGGGACGGCGAACUCCACCUCAACCGCAGCCACUUCCGCCGCUAGGACUUUCUGCUCCUCCACCACUCCAAUCACCGCAACCUUGUUCCCUGGCGACGGGAUCGGCCCCGAGAUCGCUGAAUCCGUCAAAAAGGUGUUUACAACGGCCGGUGUGCCGAUUAACUGGGAAGAACAUUAUGUUAGCACUGAGAUUGAUCCGAGAACGCAGAGUUUCUUGACGUGGGAGAGUCUCGAAUCCGUGCGUAGAAACAAAGUUGGUCUGAAAGGUCCAAUGGCGACUCCUAUCGGGAAAGGUCACCGUUCUUUGAACUUGACUCUUAGGAAAGAGCUGAAUCUAUACGCCAAUGUUAGACCCUGCUACAGUCUUCCUGGUUACAAGACUCGUUACGACGAUGUUAAUCUCAUCACCAUUAGGGAGAACACUGAGGGAGAGUACAGUGGGCUUGAACAUCAGGUUGUUAGAGGUGUGGUGGAGAGUCUUAAGAUCAUUACACGUCAGGCGAGUUUGAGAGUUGCGGAGUAUGCUUUUCACUAUGCUAAGACUCAUGGGAGAGAGAGGGUUUCUGCUAUUCAUAAAGCUAAUAUUAUGCAGAAAACUGAUGGUCUUUUCCUCAAGUGUUGUCGUGAGGUUGCUGAGAAGUAUCCUGAGAUAACUUACGAGGAGGUUGUUAUCGACAACUGCUGUAUGAUGCUUGUGAAAAACCCAGCACUGUUUGACGUAUUGGUGAUGCCAAACCUGUACGGUGACAUUAUCAGCGACUUGUGUGCUGGAUUGGUUGGAGGACUAGGAUUGACUCCGAGUUGUAAUAUAGGGGAAGAUGGAGUAGCCUUAGCCGAAGCAGUUCACGGUUCUGCUCCUGAUAUCGCUGGAAAGAACUUGGCGAACCCAACAGCGUUGCUACUGAGUGGAGUGAUGAUGUUACGUCACCUGAAGCUGAACGAACAAGCAGAACAGAUACACAGCGCAAUCAUCAACACCAUAGCCGAGGGGAAAUACAGAACGGCGGAUCUUGGAGGUAGUUCGACCACCACGGACUUCACAAAGGCAAUCUGUGACCAUCUCUGAACAACAACAAUCGUAAAAGAUGCUCAAAUUCUUUACCGAAUCUUCCUUUGGGGGAGGCUUUUAAACCUCCUUAUACAGCCCUCCAAAAUUCUUCUUGUUUCUCAAUUGAUUACGAUUAGAGCAAUAAAAGAACACAGGCAUGUGCUUAAGAUCUAUUACCUUUGUUUCUGCCGCUAAAA